AAAGCAUAUGGACGUCGUUCAGCAUAACAAAUUACAAAUUUUGGUUUCUUGUGACUUUUCUCUAUAUCAGUUGUUGCUUUCGAAUUUCAAAUUAUUUAUCUUAAUUUGUGGUAGAUUGCACGCUUUUCUGGUUUCUUAGUCCGUGUUUUUAUUUUGGAUACACGAUUGCAUUUCCUGUCCAAGUAAUGGGGGAAAACGGGGACGCCGAAGCGAUGGAUACACAGGAAGCCGCUUCCGAAGUACCACAAAAGGCAUCCUAUGAAGAACGUCUGCUAUAUGUUACCGAGAUCGCCAAACCCAUGGCCGACAAGAAGCUGACGAAGAGAAUCUACAAACUAAUAAAAAAAGCCAAAAAACAGAAAGGGUUCCUCAGAGCUGGUCUGAAAGAUGUGCAAACCCGUCUGCGAAAAGGCGACCGAGGUUUGGUAGUAUUCGCUGGAGAUGCGCAGCCAAUCGACUGCAUGUGUCAUUUGCCUUGUGUCUGCGAGGAUUUGAACGUCCCUUACGUGUACACUCCAUCCCGACAGGAUUUAGGCUUGGCUAUGGGCACCAUGCGGAAAGUCAUGAUGAUGUUGAUUUUGCCCCAUGAGGACUAUCGUGAUCUAUACGACAAAACUAAACAGGAAAUCGAAGGUUUGCCCAUUUCUAGUUGAGCUGUAACGAGCAUUCGAUUCUGUAUGUACUUUAUCUUUUUCAUUGUUAUUGUUUUAUUGUUGUUUAACGCCUAAUGGGGUUUGACUUUGCUGCACGCGGAGAUACCAUACGCUGACCAUCGAACGUCGGUUUUAUGUUCUGUCCGAAAAAAAAUCAGAAGGGCUUCGA